CGACGAGAGACUCCACGAAUGUUUGACGUGUGGGAGCUGUGGAUCUCUGAGAUGCAGCCUCACGCCCAUAACAAGUCGAUGGAUGUUGCUAUGCCCACGGUGCAGGUUGGGUUACAGUAAAUAUUUGCUUUUACUAUAGUGCGCCCCUUCGGAUGUGGCCUCAAUCGCUUUAUUAUUCAAAUAUUAUAUUAUGAAACGUGGCCUUAAUUGAUGUUGCACCCUUCGGAUGAUGCUGUUAUUUUUUUCAUUCUAUGAUGGUGUCUGCCUGUCUUAAAGAAACCUAAGAAAUUGAAAGAUCCCCCUCAUUCACCUUCACUGAUGGAUAACCUAAAACUAAAAUGAGAAAGCUUAAUAUCCACUUGCUUCGCCAUCACCACUGGGAUUGUUGUGUCCACACUUAACUGCUUUCCAGCUGUGGACUGAAUGAUUUCAUAUGAACGGACCCCCUUUUGAUAGAGGCUGUCUGGGGGUGGUUUGAGCAGAGUGGCCAUGCAUGCAGGAUUUAGGCCGGAUCGGCCUGUAGGGAUGUAGGGCACAGAAAAAGCCAUCCAUCCAUUCAGCGCAUCCAUGCCACGACGUAUAGAACGAAAGCAGCCAAUAUUCAUGGAGAUGGCUGAUGGGGGAGGAGCGUCUACACUGGAUAAUGAGGAACCCCGCUCAGAGGAUUGCACAAGGCUCUGUUAGGGACCUUCAUUUUUACUGGUGGUCUAAUUACGGCCAGUCCCCUGCAAACCCAAUCUACAGCCACUUUUGGAUUGUCCCUAUCCAUGGGAAAUUCAUCCAGGCAACAGCAUGAGCCCUAUUGUCUUCUAGUUAGAUCUAUAUGAAGCCUGAGCAUAUUAACCGUAAUGGUGAUGUAGGAAGUCACAAGACAGUGUUUUAUGAGGUAUCAGGGAUAGGAGUUAUGUUUUAAGAGGUCAGCACAUGCAGUUCUUACAGAGAAGAUAAGAUACAGGCAGCUUUCAUAAAGACAGUGAGUCAGGUUUUUGGAGUAUUCUCAUGAGUUUGGAAUUUGACCAAAUGUGCAUUGUCCCUGAAUGAACUGAACCUCUUAGGAAUACAUGCUGCUCCCUGAACACUGCGCAACCCAACGCACAGCCGGAAGUGGGAUUUGGCGCUGUUUCAACAAGAUGCGGGGAUGGGGACACAGCACUCCCAGUUUUCUGAUCCACUGACCCCAUUUACCCCGCUACUGGUGGCAGAGGUCACCUCACAUCGGUUGAUGGGCCCACGGUGUGCAUUGUGCCUGAGUUGAUAGAGGGUAGGCUAACAGUGUCUAUCUCCAGUCCGGCCUCCAUGAACCCGUACGGCAGAGUGAGCAACACGGCAGCCCCCCUGUCAUGCACCAGUUGUGGGGGUUGCUGCUCCCCACCUCCCCCCAGCCUCAUCCCCUCCACAGCUUCCUCCAUGUCGCCGAAUAUAACCCCGCCACCCCUCAUGUGCCCUGCCCCGGUCGUGCAAGUGGAGAAUGGCAGUAGCUGGAACUCAUCCUUUGGCUCCCCGGACUCUCACCCGGGUCACAGCUGCACGGCGCCCAACCCCUACUGGACGGCGGUGUUCGAUUAUGAGGCCACGGCAGAUGAGGAGUUAACCCUGAGGCGUGGGGACCUCCUUGAGGUUCUCUCCAAAGACUCAAAAGUUUCUGGGGAUGAGGGAUGGUGGACGGGCAAGAUCCAGGAUAAGGUGGGUAUCUUUCCCAGCAACUACGUGACAAAGGGAGAUGCUCCCAACUACCAGCAGCUCACUGUAGAUGUGGGUGAGUGCCCUUUGGAGGUAGACUUCGCCGAACUUCUCCUGGAGGAGGUUAUUGGAGCGGGUGGGUUUGGCAAGGUGUACAAAGGGGUCUGGCAGGGGGAGGAAGUUGCAGUCAAGGCUGCGAGGCAAGACCCCGAUGAAGACAUCAGCGUGACAGCGGCGAGUGUGCGCCAGGAGGCCAGGCUCUUCUGGAUGCUCCGGCACCCCAACAUCAUUGCACUGCGCGGGGUCUGCUUGCGGGAGCCCAACCUGUGCUUGGUCAUGGAGUACGCCAGAGGUGGGGCCCUCAACCGAGCCUUGGCUGGAAAGAAGGUGCCCCCGAGGGUGCUGGUGAACUGGGCUGUGCAGAUUGCGACGGGGAUGGACUACCUGCACAACCAGGCCUUUGUACCCAUCAUCCACAGAGAUCUGAAAUCCAGCAACAUCCUCAUUCUGGAGCCAGUGGAGCGGGACGACCUAAGUGGGAAGACCCUGAAGAUCACCGACUUCGGCCUGGCACGAGAGUGGCACCAGACAACCAAGAUGAGUGCGGCGGGCACAUAUGCCUGGAUGGCGCCCGAGGUCAUCAAGCUUUCCCUCUUCUCCAAGAGCAGUGAUGUGUGGAGUUUUGGUGUGCUGCUGUGGGAGCUGCUCACCGGUGAGGUUCCCUACAGAGAGAUAGACGCACUGGCCGUAGCCUAUGGCGUGGCCAUGAACAAGCUAACACUUCCCGUCCCGUCGACGUGCCCUGAACCUUUUGCUCAGCUCCUAUCAGAGUGCUGGAGUCCGAACCCACACAGCAGGCCCUCCUUCACUUUCAUCCAUCGGCGGUUACUGGCCAUCGAGCAGUCGGCCAUGUUCCAGAUGCCCCUGGAGUCCUUCCACUCCUUGCAGGAAGACUGGAGGCUGGAGAUCCAGCAGAUGUUCGACGAGCUGCGGGCCAAAGAGAAGGAGCUGAGGUCUUGGGAGGAGGCGCUGGCCCGGGCGGCCGAGGAGCAGCGAGAGCAGGAGCAGCAGCUGAGGAGGCGAGAGCAGGAGCUGGCCGAGCGCGAGAUCGACAUCGUGGAGCGCGAGCUCAACAUCAUCAUCCACCAGAUGUACCAGGAGAAGCCCAGCGUGAAGAAGAGGAAGGGUCACUUUAAGAAGAGCAGGCUGCUGAAGCUGUGCAGGGACGGCAACAGCAUCAGCCUGCCCUCUGGCUUCGAGCAUAAGAUCACAGUGCAGGCGUCCCCCAGCGUGGACAAGAGGAAGAUGCAGGGAAGCGAAAGCACCACGCCGCCCGCCAGCCCGGGCGUCAUUCCUCGACUCCGAGCCAUACGACUGACCCCGAGUGACGUCAGCAAGACGUGGGGCCGCAGCGCAGUGUGCAAGAAGGAAGACGUGUCGGCCGGCAAGAAGAAAGGACGCACGUGGGGGCCCAGCUCGACCCAGCAGAGAGAGAGGGUCGGGGGCGAGGACAAAUUGAAAUCACUAAGCGAGGGCUGCAAAGUGUGGUCGUCCAGUGCACCAAACCUAGGGAAGUCCCCCAAACACGCGCCCAUGGCGGUGGGCUUCUCCAGCCUCAGCGAGAUGGAGGAGUGCUGCGAGUUGGAGGAGUCGCCGGGUUCCCUGCAGCCCUCAGAGACCAGCAGCAACGGGGUGGCCGACGACUCGGGGUCCUUGUGGAGCACCCUGGGGUCCGGCACGGCCAACUUCACCGUCAGUUCUGGCGCCAGCUCCACUCAGGGUUCUGUGGGCGCGGCGACAGCGCUGGGCCAUCAGGACUCGCUGAGACGCUUCAGCCAGAGGAAGAAGAGCGACUUGCUGCUGUUGGGUUGCGCCUCGCUGCUGGCCUCGGUGGGUCUGGGUCAAGACCUGCUGCAGCUGGGCAGACUGCAGGUGAGUCAAGACGAGCAGGAAAUGAGAGAGGAGCAGCGGAAGAAGAAAGAAAGUCUUUUCCAACGCACGGGACGUUUCCGCCGCAGCACGUCCCCCCCCAGCAGAAACCUGUCCUUGUCCCUAUCCCGACAUCACGACUCCACGCUCCCCUCUCUGGACCCUUCCCCGUCCGUGACGCUCCUUUCCUUGUCCUCGCUGUCGGACUGCAACUCCACCAGGUCCCUCCUCCCUUCCGACCCGGACGACUACCCGUUGACGCCGGCCAGAACUCAGGCGCCCCCCCCGGCGGGCUCCUCCCUCAACCCGCUGUUGGACUUGCGGACAGAGAGUUUCAAAAAGGAGCCCAAUCAGUCGCUCACACCCACCCACGUUUCCGCGGUCAUGGCGGUCAACAGAGGGCACAGACGCACCCCGUCCGACGGCGCCAUACGACCCCGGGCGCAAACUGUACUUCACCGUAGGACGCCGUCUGAUGGAAGCUUGCCCAUGCCCCCUCCGCCGGGGGGACCCGUCGUCAGAGCCAACAAAAGUAGGACACAAGGUGUGCUGGACACCCCGGACAUCCAUCGCCUCCCGGACCCCUCGGCCAUCUUCCCUCUCCCCCAGCGCCGCAAGGCCCCCGCUCCGCCCGUCCCCGAGCCGGCCCCCCUCUGCCUCAUCAGCCCCCUCGAGCGACCCAAGACGCUGGAAUUCACCGCCCGUCCCCGGCCCGCUCCGGCCCGGGCGCGCGCCGACCAGUGGAGGCUGGCCUCCCUGUCCAGGACCCUGAGCUCGUCGCCGGGCAGCGGCUGCGACAGCCCCCAAGGAUCGGGGGACGGCGUCGGCGGCGACUCGCGGCCCAACCUGAUGGACAUGGACGUGGAGGGGCAGAAUUUGGACCACACGGUACCUCUGUGCAGCAAGAUGCAGCCCGCCGCCCUCUGCGGGCAGCAGUACACGUAGUGAGGAUUCCGCCUUUUGUACCGCAACCGACGGCCUCGAGCGUGCAAAAACGACACUUACCGGAAGCCAUUCCUUCUACCGGGCAUCCUGAAAAGGUGUGAAGACCACCCACCAUUCUCCCGACUAACUCGACCACCAUUGAGACGCCUCAAGAAAGCCAUUCCGACCACAACUUACUCACAAUGCAUCUGUUUCCUGCUGUCUGCUUGCAUCAUUCCCACAAAAUAAUAUACAUUGAAUUGUUCCUUCAGCCACGUGGUGUCGCUUCCUCCAAUCACCUUCGCUGGCACCGCCGAUGGACUUGUUACAUUAUGAAGCAAAAUCCGAGUUAUUUACUCCCCCCUAAUGUCAUGCAAUAAUGUGAAAAGUAAGUUAUUCACUGUAUACUAUUGGAGAUAAACACAGUCGAGCCCCUAAGAGCGAGAGUGGGCUCACUCCAUUUCGUUGUUUAGCAGGAGAGUGAUUUGAAAUUUUAUGGCUGCAAACAAAUCUGAGGGAUUGAUAUUUUGGUAAUUCACAAGGCAAUAAUUACUUCUUCAGGAUACUUGUUUUUACCAAAAUUGUAGUUUUCGUCAGAUUUGGGUAUGUUUCCAAAUAUAAUGAUUUUGGAAUUGGAUCGUAUUUGAUAUUCAUCCUCGAUCAUGUUGUUUGCACUUUUAUUCAUCAACGGAGGUACUGUCAUCCUCUUUUAUGUAGUAGGUUCGAAAAGAAGCAAACUUGUAUUCGAAAAAAAUGUGCAAUACUGGUCCAAGUGCAAACAGUCAGCAAAUCUGUCAAUAUUUCAUGAAAAAUUAUAUAAUAGCAUUCCCUCUAUGUCAAAAUUGGAGCUCAACUUUGAUUACUUCUCAGUGGCUCAAUACUGUUGGUUUUGACAAAGGAUAUUAGGGCCACAGCGAUAAGAGGAAAAUAAUCCUAGAAUUAUGACAAUGAAGUCAAAAUGGCACAAGAACAAUCAUAGUUUCUUAAGAAUUGUUUCAAAAUUUUAGAAGACUAUAUUUGUUAUGUGAAAUGUUAUAAAAAUAACGUCAUAAUAUUAUGAGAAAAAGUCUGAAUUUUACCAGUCCUAAUUUUAUCAGAUAAAAAGUGUGAAUAUUACAGAGAAUAUUAGCUUAUUUGAAAAAAAGGAAAGUCAAAAUAUUUUGAGAUGUUUUUAUUUUUACGAGGAUACAGUCGGAAUAUUACAAUGAUAUAGCAAUAAAGAUAUUGUAUUACGAGAAAAAAUAUGAUGUAUUGAGAAAAUAAAUUUGUAAGAUUAAGAGAAAACAAGCAAAAUUUAUGACCAUAAAAUCAUAAUAACAUGAGAAAGAGUCCACAUUUUACAAGAGUAAAGUUUUCAUUUUCAUAUGUGACGGAAAUAAGACCUAAUUUUGCUAGAAUCACAUUUUUAUAUUCUGAGACAAAAGCCAUAAAUCUGCAAGAAUAUAGUUGUAUUAUUUUGGAAAAAGUAAGAUUUAGUCAAUUCAAUACAAAUAAAAUCAGAAUUAGCAACAUAAAGUCAAAAUAUGAAGAGAAAAAUGUCUUCAUUUUAGUAGAAUACACUUGUAAUAUUUUUAGAAAUAAAAGUUAGUAGUUAGUAAUUCUACAAGGAUAACAGUGUAAUAUUGCAAGACAAAAAAAAAGACAAUUUCUGAGAAAGAAAACCUUAAUUUUACAACCAGUUGUAAUAUUUUGGGCAAAAUAUUCUUAGUUUUUACAAGAAGAAAAUGUUUUAUCUGAAUAAAGACAACAUUUUAUCAGCGAAAAAUACACAAUUCCACAAGAAAUGUUUGUAUUAUAUGAGUAAAGGCGUAAUAAAAGAUUUUUAAAAAAUCACUUAUUUUACAAAAAUUGGUAUUAUCAUUAGCCUAAUAGGAUAAUUGCAGAAGUCAUCUUAACUUACUGUCAUCAAAUCAAUACAAAUUACCAAUGUGCUUGCUGUCAAAUUUGUUGGGAAAACGUUUAUCACGAGGGACAGAAAACAUAAAAUUACAAGAAAAAAGCAAUCAUUUUUACAGUUCAGGAAUUAAAGACCUGAAUAUUAUUUGGGGAAUGUUUUAAUCAUAAAAAAAAAUACAUUUAAAAAACAAACAAACAUAAUAGGCAUCAUUUCACGAGGGUAAAAAAUUGACAACCAAAUAGGUAAUUUUAACGUUAUUGGUAACAUUACAACUAAUAUUACAACUUUAUUUCUCGGACAAAUUCCG